CAGUUUGAUGAGGACCAGACUUUUGACACCACACCCUUCAGAAGCUAAUCAGAUGGAUCCACCUCCUCCAAGUUUCAGUUUACUUCUUAUUUUGCACCAGACACACUUUACCUCUUUCAGAGGGUGACAACAGCUCUACCUGCAACCAUGCGAACCCCUGGGAUCUUGAUAUUCGGCUUGGUCAUGGCCCCCUGCGGAUGGAUCCUGGACCUGACCAGCACGGUUGCACCCAACUGGCGCACCGUCAACAACUUAGCUGGAGAAUCUUCAGAUCUGGUGGUGGAACAGGGAAUCUGGGACAUCUGUAGGACAUCUACAUCAACUAGAUCACAACUGUGUAACCAACGAAGCAAUGACCAAGUAUAUUUCAACAGCCAGAUCAUUCCGAUUGCACAAGGCAUGAUGAUUGCCUCCUUGAUCGUGACUGCAGUUGGCCUCGCCGUGGCAACACCGGGAGUUAGAUGCUGGAGGGACAGACCAAGGUGGAAGCUGGCUGCUUUGGGUGGUCUCCUUAUCUUCUGCUCCGGCGUCCUGACCAUCAUUCCCAUCGCAUGGUACACCUACCAGUUGAACAACCUCAACUCCACCUCGGUCAAAAGAGACCCGUUAAGACCAGACGACAUCAGGGUAGGAUACUGCAUUGUUCUGGGCUACAUUGGAGGCAUCAUGGAGGUCCUUGGGGGCUUUGUGAUGUUCCUUGGGAUAUGCUCCUGCUGCGGUGGUCGCAACCGUGGAGAGAAGCCUCAAACCAACCAACAAAGGCUACCAGCCCGACCAACGCCUCUGCCGAGGGUCAAUCUUCCAAGAAAUCUCAGUCGGAAUAGUGGAAGCAGUGUGCCAUACUCUAAAGACUCAUUGGAUGAUGAUCUGGACUUCCCACGAGCCAAAAGCCGAGACAGAUCUGUCAACACAUCGUACGCUGGUAGACCCUAUGAUGCUGAUCUGUAAAAUUCUAAGCUUAAUAUGCACAUAAUGUGAAUUGACCAUGUGUGUACCUUGACAAUUACUGUUAAAGACCAGAUAGUUAGUUGGUUUGGUCAUCUAACGAUGUUACAAUGAACAAUUUGAGCAUUCACUCCUGGAACGACUUGUUACACCAGUCUUUUUCUUACUUCUACAAAAGAAACAUAAUUUGGAAUUGUAAAUAAGCAAAAUAUAACCAACUAUUAAAAGCUGUUCUGUACUUUAUAGACAUUAAGCUCAUGGUAUAGUAACAAUAAUGCUGCAGGACUUUUGUAACGGAUAACUCUUUUGGAUGCAAAAAAAUUGUGCAAUAUUUCCUUUGGUGUGUAAAUAAAACUUCUAAAUUUCCUGACAUCUUCAAACAUUCUCAGAAGAUACUAACAUGCAAUACAACCUCAGCUCAAGAGUAUCAGGACUAAACCUCUGUGAUGCAGUAUAACCAGUAAUACAGGUUGUUUCAGUUUUAUCACCACUCCACGGCUUGUAGAAUGUGGGCCAUGUUUGCAUUGUCAGGUGAUCCGGGAGUCAUGUGAACACUGAAGUGGAUAAUCAAAUUUACCGAGAUAAGGGACUAUGGUCAUAAAAUAUUUAGCUCCAAAGUAAAUACCUACUUUAUUUGUAUAUUUUUAUUUAUUGCAUAUUGUUAUUUUGUCUACACACUGCAUAUGACUGCAUAUGCAAUAUUCUGGGUUAAAAGCAUGUUAAGAUCUAUCGACAGCUUCUGUGGCAAGCUUUUGAUUACAUGCACAUAGAAAAUAAUUUUGACUCGUAAGUUUGUGGUUUUGCACUUACAUUUGAAGUCUACGGGGCUGGUGCACAGCGGUUACCGCCAUGAACUUCCAUUGUAGGUACAUUUCUGUACAUACUUUUAAAUUUUUGUUCAUUUUUACAAAUUGAUUUACGAGUUAAAGGUAAGCUUUUUGCUCAUGUCAUCUUGGACUUACAGUGACACCUAGCAGUGUGGAUGCAGCAUUAUUCAGAAUCAGUAGUUUUCAGUUACAGAUGCCACUAUAGAAAUUCACUAUUCACCAGAGUGAAAGUGUCCAAUAACAAGACUGAGUUACUGAGAUUAAGCGAGUAGUAUUCAGCUGCUCAUGUGAUUCUAAAAUGGCAACCCCCAUAAGGGUGCCCCUGCCCCAUGUAGAAUAAAACAGCUUUUAUAAGGUUAUAGAUAUGAGUCUUCAUCUCAUGUGAGUGGUCAGGAUUUUGUACAUAUGUUCAAAAUGACAAUUAACCUCGUUAGGAGUAGAACUUUUUCAGUGGGAAAAAUUGACUGAGUGCACCUUUAAAAUUAUUUUCUGUGGGACAUGCUUAAUGUGAAUAUAAUAGAGAAUAUUCCAUUAAAAUAUGGACUGAGCAACCAACCAAGUAUGAUAUAUUAGUAAAUUGAACAACUCAGUUAAUUUGCCUGAAGUCUGAUCUCAUGAAAAAUGUGUGGCUGGAGCCUCAUUUUGCUAAAUAACGUGAUGUGGUUCAUGACACAUAUUGCGGCAAUUCUCAGGUGAAAUGUCCACUGGGUGGCACCAAAAGUGAGUGAAAAUGUUCUCACAAACAGAUGAGGUUUUCAAAGUUAAUGUUUUACUGAGUUUUAAAUCAACAAAACCUACCUCCCUAUGCUAAACCUACUCGAUAGUUUCAGAAAAAGCAAACGUGAAAUGAAAAAAACAUAAUUGCUGAAGCAACCACGUCAUUUUGUGGUGCUUCUUUCAGCUCACGCAUCGACUCGCAUGCUCUUCAAGACUCAUACCCCGGACCUUUGCAUGGCAAGUGUAACGCUCUAUCAGUUUGAGUUAUUGUGCAAAUGUAUUGCAUUUGAAUUGGCUUGUAAAUGUGGUUAAUUAUGCAACAAAAACGUUAAAACACAUCACCUUUUGUGUUUAGAGUUUAUUUCACAAGAAAUGGUCCAUGUGAAAAUCAUUUUGCAAAAAUGUAUGUAUAGUAACGUGAUAAAUGUAUUCAAAAAGUAAUGAAUGAAAACAAUGAAUAAAUAUAUUUAUUAGGAAAUACCAUUUAAAAAGACAUGUUAAUAUUAGUACAGACAUUUGGUCUUGAGGCCAGAUAAUAAACAGAAUAAAAACAGUGUAAUACAUUGUUGUUGUGAAACCGUGCUACAUAAAUGCACACUUGAAGCAGAUACCUGUUGAUGGCUUAUUAGUCCAAAAAAACCAUUCAGCUUUCAGAGUCAUUCAAACUCACCAGUCACGAAUAAGCAACAUAUAACUCAAGAAAAACAGCACUGAAAUACCUGCCAUUUUUCAGCAUCUAGUCAAUGCACGUUUAUCAUGAUAGACAUGCAUCACCCCCUGUAGGUAUGCCAACCCAACUCAUCAUCAUCUUUGAAAUGAUGCAAAACGCUGCCAAAAGCUUAAUUUAUGUCUUUCAUGCACAACAAUUUUCAGUCAAAUUUUCAGUGCUUUAAGCGUUACAUUAAUACCAAGAGAUUUCUGCUAAGGAUAACUUUAUACAUAGUAAUUAGCCUACCCUAAACAACACUAUAAAGUGAAUAUACUGUAUUUUCAUGUACAUGUAAUUGUAAGUUCCAUUAUGUGACUUGGAGAACACAUUUCGUAAACUCUUCAAAGUGCUUCAAGCUUUAAUCAU